AUGCCGUUGAGAGGAAACAAACGCGCUGCAAAUACAAAUACUUUGGCAGCAGGAUCAAACCCCCAGAAAGGUUGCGCAAACUGUGAGCGACGUCGAAUCCGUUGUGAUUUGAAGCGACCAACAUGCCACAAAUGCUCUAAGAAGGGCCUAGAAUGCCCUGGCUACAACCGUCAGCUUCGAUGGGUAAACGGUGUAGCUGCCCGAGGGCAUCUUCGGGGCCAGUCGGUUCCAACUAGACCACCUCGCUCCGAACCCUUGCAAGCACCAGCUCUCGCAAGCCAUUAUCCACCUGGAAUGAAUUUAGAGCGCAAAGACUCAGAUGGCGGAUCCAUAAUAUCCUCUUCAGGGCCCGGUCCAGUUGGCUUCACAAAAGCUCUGGGCCUAGAUCUGCCAGCACCGAGUAUGCAUUUCGUGGAUUACUACAGAAGCAACCUAGCAGGUCUUAUGGUCUGGUUAGACUCUGAAGAGAAUGAUUACCGAAAACGUGUUGUACCACUCGCCCAGCUAGUUCCGGCCAUCGGAUUCGCAAUCAUGGCAUUUGCGGCGCAGCACGGGGCGACGACCUUUCUUCAUGAGGAUAUUGCAACUAUUGCCCAAGGCGCCCGUGACAAAUGUCUGCAGCUGAUCCAGCACCGUGCUCAAGAAAUGACCAACAGACUUAUCGGAGGCCAAGACUUGAAUAAUGAUUCUGAUAUAGCGGAUGCUGAAUGGAUGUUGGCAUCCAUUCUCAUCAUCACCAACUAUGAGAAUGCUCGGUGCUGUCCUGAGGUCGCCGACGAACAUAGGCGAGCCGCUCGGACAAUCGUUAACUUGUUUAAGGGCUCUACAGCAGUAGAAAGCCGGGAACUCUUUGCUUUUCUACGCAAUCAGCUUGCAAUUGACGGCGUGCUGGCGGCCACCACCUCAUUUAACCCUUCUCUCAUCAGGGACGCAAUCACGCCUGGUCCAGGGUCAGAUUCUCUGUUGUUUUCCAAGUAUCUCACCUUCCUUCACAAAAUUACGCUCACGACCAUCGAGUCUGCGGAUUUGACCUGGCCUAUCCAUCCUGGGAGAGACAGCCUCACCUUAAGGAUGGUUCAAUCCGAGUUUGAGCAGGCACGAGGAGCGACGCUGAUAGCGGCGGGAAAACUUGGCCUGGAAAGAUCCUCAUUGACUUCCGACUUCAUUCGCCUGGUGGGGGUGUAUCAUAAUGCUGGGCUCUUGUACUCGUUUAGAUGUCUUGGAUGUACAAACAAAGACAGUGCUGAGUGGACGACGGCAUGCAAUAAUUUGUUCGACCAGCUUACAGGGUUCGAGGAUCAAACCGCAUUCAUUCAAAACCUGCCCUGGCCGGCGUUCAUCGCCGGAACGGUGAGCCAUGGAGAUGAGGAGAGACAAAAGACAGUCCUAGCAUUGUUCACUGCCAUUCAUCAGGCGACUAAAUUCAACCAUUUCCUUGACGCGGUCAGCUUUUUGAAGGACUUCUGGUCCGGAACGAAUGAUGACUGGCGUCCUCUUGCGAAGGAUAGGGAAGUUUCUGGCAAAAGAAUUAUUGUUUCUUGA